AGUCAACCAGGUCGAGCACGGGUGUGCAGAUAGUUGAAGAGGAUGCGUGACUGAAAGUCACUUUUUGUGACACCUGGUUGUCGCUGCGUGGAAAGAGCUCCAAAUCCGCAUCGUCGACAUUUCUUUCUAGCAAAGUCUCGGGCAUUGAGCCCCACGACCGUCACGCUGUUCUCCUCACUACCUCUCACCACCCCCUGAUACCUCUCACUCGUUCUCUUCUCAGCCUUUUCUUUCUAUACCGCUCGGCCGCCAUGGGCGUCCAAUUCGGCUCCUUCAACAGCAUCUGCCAGACUGCUGCGCUCGUCAUUUGCCCACUCGUGGGCACCGAUCAAGGCAUCGAGCCCACGUGUUACAGUAGAAAUGUGGACAUUGCAGGCACCUUGAUUUUCCAACCCUCGACAUGUUUUGUUCAUAUCGUUGCAAUUAUAAUGACCGCGAUAAUGAUCUAUCACAUACGUAGUAAAUACACAGCAGUUGGCAGGAAGGAGAUCGUCAUGUUCUUCUACCUCUACGCCGUCAUCGAACUGUUGGCAAUCUUCCUCGACUCGAACAUCAUACCCACUGCAAACGUUAGCUAUCCGUGGUUUGCUGCUGUCUACACAGGCUUCGUAGCCGCGGCGUAUUGUUGUCUUCUUAUCAAUGGGUUCGUAGGCUUCCAGUUCGCAGAGGAUGGCACGCCUCUGUCGUUAUGGUUACUUCGUAUUGCCUGCCUGGUUGUAUUCGCCGUCUCGUUCUUCGUCUCUAUCGCCACCUUCAAGAAGUUUGCUAGUUUCAAUUACACGAAGCCGAUCGGCCUGUGGAUCAUUUACAUCCUCUGGCCGCUCAUUUGCACUGCCGUUUACGUUGUGUCUCAACUCGUUCUCGUCUUCCGCACGCUCGAGGACCGAUGGCCGAUCGGUGAUAUCAUCUUCGGGGCUGCCUUCUUCACCAUUGCGCAAAUUCUCCUCUUCGCGUUCAGCGUGACGAUAUGUGACGCCAUCAAGCACUACAUCGAUGGCCUGUUCUUUUUCACGCUGUGCAUGCUCUUGAGCGUCAUGAUGGUUUAUAAGUACUGGGACAGCAUUACGCGCGAGGAUCUCGAAUUUUCUGUCGGCUCCAAGGCUACUGUGUGGGAAGUCAAGGAUCCUCUCCUUGCCGGCCAGAACUCUGAGAGAGAUUUCGAAGAGGACACAGCGAGCAACUACCAUGGAGCCCCCGCUAGCCUUGUCGGUGGCGUUAGCGGACAGCAGUUAUACUCGAAGGGAGGAUAUGGUGGGCGCGGGUACCCACCAUCGUCUGAGCGAUACUGAGUGGCUUUGAGAGCACAUCAUGGACUCCUCUGGCCAUCUUUUCUUUGCCCUUUCUACGUCGCACAAUAAUUUGUUCUGGUAUGGACUGCAGUAAUUGGUGGCUUGCAUGAUGGCUCCGACGUACUAUUUCUUGAAACAUUUCAUGACAAUUCGUGUAGAAUGCGCAGCGUUGAACAAUAUCAUACCCUCCUCGGCCUCU